AGGCGGGGCCCGGCCCCAGCCGUGAUCGGUGGCUGGUCCCGGCCCGCCAGGGCGGGCGAUCUGAGGCUGCCUGGUGCUGGCUGCAUGGGGCGGCGGAGGCGCCGGGUGGAAGGGGCGGCCAGGGCCCUGCCUGAGGCUAUCGCUGCGCUGAGUCGGUCCCUGCCCGCUGGGCCCAGCCCCGAGAUCUUCCGCCGCGCAAAGUUUGACCGUCCGGAGGCGGCUCCAGCGCUCUGGCAGCUUCUCUUCCGCGUGCUCACACCGCUUGCUGCAAACAAUGCCGUGACCGACCUCGCUCCAGAGGCCCAAGCCCGCAUGGUGAAGUCAGCACUGGUCUCCCAAGGCUACCCCAGGUCUGCGCUGUUCCAGUCUCUCGAGGGCGGUUCUCAGGGAAGCCGGGAACUGUUGCUGGCCCUGUCCUGGCUCCUGGCUCGAGGGCCAUUGCUUGAGCAGUUGCUUGCCCAGACCCGUGUGCAGUUGGGUGAUGAGUUGCCCCAGUGUGAGGGUGAGACCCUGGCCAGCCCUGGCCCUCCUGCACACCGCAUGGAAACAGAGAGACCCACGGAUCUCCGACUAGUGGAGUGGCUGAUGGGAAAGCUGCGGUUUAGGUGGCGACGCCUCAUUUCUAGUCAGCAGGAGCAAUGUGCCCUCCUCAGCAAGAUCCACCUGUACACCCGAGGGUGUCACAGCCAACAGAGACUUGGCCAUCUUUCUGUUGCUGAAACAGAGAUGCUCAGGGACCCAGAGAGCAGUAGACAGAUUCUUCAGGCACUGGAGAGUGAGAACAACCGGCUGGAGGCAGCUCUGGAGUGGCGGCGCUGCGAGCUGGUCUUCUGGCAGUGGAUGGAUACGGUUCUGGAUGCCUGUUCGUCGGACAGUCCUGCUGUGACCUCACAGCCCACAGUCCUGCCCGUGAUCUCUGAACGCGGGCUUGGUGAGCUGGAGUUGGUAAAGCAAGAGUUGCGGGCCCUGCAGGAGGAGCUGCGGGAAGUGGCUGAGCCCCGGCGGGCGGCAUGGGAAGCCCAGGUAGGAGGCCUAGGUCGGGGGCCAGACUGGAGCACCACAAGGAAGGCCUUGCAGGAGGCUGUCGAGAGGGAGUUGGCCACCUUGCAGAGUCCCUGGGAGCCAUCCAGUAACCCUGCCCAGCCCCAAAGACCCCUUCGGCUGGUGAGAAGUAAGGAUGAGUCACCGGGACCCCAAGGCCUGAAGGCAGCUGAGGUGAUCGGGACACUGAGGGCCCAGGAGGCCUCUCUGAAGAAAGUGUUGCACCAACUACAGAGUCAGUGUCGGCAGGAGCUGGCCAGGCUGGCUGGUGCCCUGCCUGGCUUGAUUUGGAUUAUGGCUCCUGGUCACUGAGGGCCCCACGGUGUGUCCACCUGUGUAGGGGUCUUUGUAGGAUCUCAGAAGAGCAGACUGUAGCCUGCGUGGGAGCAGAGGUCUAGGCCAUGUGUUCUUUGCAGGGCUAGAGCCCUGCUGGCUGCAGUCCUGGAGUCACUGUGGGCCGGUGCUCCUGAGAGGUUUGGAGGGGGCCUACAUGUGCAUGGUAGAGCUGUGUCUGGGGACACCAGGCUCCAGUCCCCUUCCGCUGCCCCUUUAACGUCCUCUUCUUGGGACACGGGGAUGUGUGUGGUGCGUGACUGUCACCGUGCUGGGAUCACACGUGCCCCCCACAGUGCAGGCUUUAUUGGGCCUCUCCUGAGUGGAUCACUUCUGAUUGUUUCCCUGCACAUCUUUAUCUUAGACUCUGGCUGUAUGCCUCCUGCAGCAGAGCCUCCUCUACUAGGCCAUAGAUGUGCCUGACGUGCAUGUGCUUGUGUGUGUGUGUUGUACGUGUGCGUGUGCUUGUGUGUGUGUGUGUGUGCUGAAGAACUGGAUGGCAGCCGGGGGGCUCUGCCUGGGAGAGAGGAGGAAGGGAAGCCACAUCGUGUACAGAAGGCCUUUGUUCUGAAGGCUGCUGGGCAAACUCAGGUCUCACAAAGCAGCCUGUGUCCAGGAUGUGCCCACAGCCCAGGCUUCUCCCAGCCAGCGGUCUCUAGCCCUGGCUUCCUUCCUAUCCCCAGUUACACACAAUGACCAGACACUGGACAGGUGGUAGGUCCCACUUGGCAACCUCUAGCCUCCUGCUUACUCAGGCCUGGGGCCAUUACCAGACUCUGGGCACCUUGGACCCUCUACUAGAACAUUCUCUCAUGGGCGUUUCCUGCUUGCCUGGUGUGGUGUGGUAAGAGUGACAGCUCAUGUCUGGGGUGACAGUCCUGGUACAGGUGGCCUCUGGCCCUGAGGCCGGGCACCAUGCUUGUUAGUUCCAGUGACUGUUCCUAGCACGGUUCUGGAGGACCUGUGUCUAACAAGGUCCUUCUUAACUUUGGUGAUGUAACUCCUGGUGGCGCCGGAGCCUCCUGGCGGCUGCUGGGCCUCAGCUGCACCUUCUGGCCUGCAGCCCCUCCCCCCUGCCUGCUAACACUUGCUCAACUCUUCUGGCUGCCUCCACCUGUGGGUCCGGCUCCCAUCGGGGCGUGGGAACGUGGCUGCCUUUGGCUCCUUAGGACUGUGUUUUGGGUUAUAAACAAGUGCACUUAAGCUCCCUGCCUCUGAAAACUGCCCUGCUAUAGGAUUUCAAGUGGAACUUUGGAACUUGACCUUAAAAAAUCUCAGUGCAGCUGGGCGGUGGUGGCACACACCUUUAAUCCCAGCACUGGGAGGCAGAAGUAGGUGGACCUCUGAGUUUGAGGCCAGUCUGGUUUACAGAGAGAGAGUUGCAGGACAGCCAGGGGGGCUACAUAGAGAAACUCUGUCUAGUAGGAAAAAAAAAAAAAAUUCCAAACACAUACCCAGUGCUGCCAGCUGUCACUUCUCCAUUAGCUCUGUGGAGUUAUCAGUUCCAGCCCGGAUCCCGUGUGUGUGUGUGUGUGUGUGUGUGUGUGUGUGUGUGUGUGUGUGUGUCUGUGUGUCUGUGUGUCUGUGUGUCUGUGUGUCUGUGUGCAUGCACUGCCUCACUGGGACUCAGGGUCAAGUUGUGGGGAGUUGUCCCUUGGGAAGGACUUCAGUACCAGCUUUUCUACACAUAAGGACUUGAGGCAGCUCACAUAUAUGGUCUCACUGUUGAGUGUCCUGAGCUCCCAGGGAGGAAUAAAACCAAGUGUCAGUUAACCACAACCUCCUCAGUGGGCCCUGAGGUCCACAUUGAUGCUUGGUGCAGCCUAACAGAUGGGCCACCUGACUGACACCAGAGGGUGACCUCACUGUCCCUAACACCCCAACCCGAUCUUGAGGUCAGGAGGAUCUCAUGCUGACACAAGAACUAAAGCCCUGGCACAUUCUAGACUGAAACCAGUGAGGACAUGC